AUGCCGCCCAUUAACCACGCCGCAUUUGCCUCCGUCGGUAUCGUCGCCGCAUCGGUGGCCGUUGCUGCGGCAAUAGCUCUUUAUGAAAGCCCCGAAGUUCGUCGACUCGCAAAUGACCUCCGGAGACGCAUCGCGAUUGCUCUUCAUGCCUUAGGUGACAACGUCGACCCGGCACGGCGGGCUGGGCGGGAGCCUCGCUUCAACCGCCCGGAGGAUGCCGAGGGUUUCUAUCAGUCUUAUGAAAUGGAUGCCGAUGAAGAAACACGGAGGAGACAACGAGAGGAACUUCUGUAUUGGAAUGCUGUACGUGAGGAACAACGGCGGCGGGAGCGAGAAAGUGAAGAGCAGCAGCAGUCGCAGUCCCGCGGUUCGACCUUUGACGACUUCUUAGAGUUUGACUCGACAGGCGAUCGCGGAACUCUGGUGUAUAACAGCGGAGCGAAUACCCGGCGUAACGGUUUGGACAGCGAGCUCAGACAGCGGCGUGGCAACACCAGCGAAGACAUACGCGGCCUCCAGACCUCCGUCAUUUCUAACCCCUUUAGUGACGAGUACGGUAUAAACACGGAGGAACAAAUCAAGUUGCUCUCGAGCUCUCAGGUUCAGCUACAUGAUGGCGCUGUGUCCGACAUCUAUGGUGCUACCCCUCGUAUUCAGUCUCCUCGUUCCCAGGGCCCGGUUGCCGCUGCUUCUGAGAUCCUUUUUGACUUCGAGUCUCACUCUGUCUCUUCCUCAGCACAAAGCGACUUUGCCACAGCUCUUGGAGAUGUUGAUGAUCGGGAAAGCCAGGCAUCAACUCUUCAGGAUCUCCCUCCUCGGCCUAGGACUCCUAUUCGUGAUGUUUCCUCCACACCAACUGCUCACACUCCUUCCUCUAACACCGCAACCCUUACUGAAACUGUGUCAGUCACUCCUAGCACCACUAGCACCGCCACUCUUGAGUACGAGCUCGGCGAGGACGAGUACAUGACUGCUGGCCAAGAGCUCGACGAUGAGGCAUAUGCGGCUAUCCAGGCAUGGGCUCAUGCUCAUGCUCAAGCUCGCUCUCAUACUGUGUCGUCGGCUCCAUCAGAAAUUUCAGCUGUGGUUGAGUCGGAGUCCGAGGCUGAGAUCAUCAGCGAGGGUCAGCUUACUCCCGUGGGGUCAGACUCAACCAGUGUGGUGGGCGAGUGGAGGAACGUUACUGCUGCCCCCAGCACUGACGGUGACGAGUAUGUUGUGAGCGAUCAUGAAUCAGAGGGUGGGGACGGUAUUCCGACACCGGGGAGCUGGUCAGAUGUGGGUAGUGUGGUGAGCGGAAGUGAAAGGGCAUUCGGGAGAUCAUGA